UGAUAAAUAUUAAUGAUAUUCAUGUGUAUAUAGUAAUUUUAAUAAAGCUCGAGUAGCAAUUAGCGGUGAGAUUAGCUCUAAGUAUAAUGCGGAGUGAUACUCGUCGGUUCGUUUGCAAGCGAAUAUUGGAAUUGAAUUUAGAUAAAAAUUCAGCGUAAAAAUCAGGGAGAAAAUGGGAGGUGAGGUCGACCUGCACCGCUGCGCUCUUAUUUUCGAAAGAACAACGAUAUUAUGGGUGCUCGAAGGUCGAAUUUAUCCUAUAUAUACUUCGGUUAUCAGUGUACCAAAGCAUACCGACUCAAGCCUCAAAACAUUAAAGAGCAAAGAUCUCCAAAAUAGCAAUAUGAAUACUUUGACUUUAGCAGCUUUUGCCUGUUUGGUUGUCUUGGCUAGCGCCAAGCCUUCCGGUUAUGGCGGACUCGGUGCAGGUUAUGGUGGUCAUGGUGGGUAUGCAGGAUACGGUGGAUUUGCUGGAGGACAUGGCGGAGGUGGAUAUGGAGGCGGUGGACACAACUACCAUGGAUCCGUUGGACCAAGCGGCGUCGUAACCGGUGCAGGAGCUUCUGGUCCAUCUGGAACUGUCGAUGGUCAUGGCGCUGUUGGCCCAUCCGGAGUCGUUAAUGGACAUGGUGCUGUCGGCCCAACUGGACCCAACGGACACGGAGGAUACGGAGCUUGGGACGGCGCCGGUGCCGGAGCUGGUGCUGGAGCCUGGGACGAUGGCGGUCAUGGGGCAUACAGCAACGUCGUUCAUGGUAACGGAGCUACCUUGGUUGGAGCUGCAGGUGGAUACGGAGGAUACGCCGGUGGAGCUGGAGCUGGAUGGGCCGGUGCCGGAGCAGGAUGGGGUGGAGCCGGUGGUCAUGGUGUUGUUGUUAAGGGACCACCAACUGUCCCAGCUACCAUCAUCGGUCCAGGAGCUACCGGUAAAAUUGUAGCUGAUGGUCUCUGGGGACCGGUCGGCCAUGGUCACGGUAAAUGGUAAAUUCAUUGAAUGUCUUCAAAUCGCAUGAACUACCAUUAUCCACAUCUACUACCAUUUCAAGGCUUCCUUUGUGCUGUAUCAGUAUAGCUUUCAUUCUGUUUUUUCUCUUACUGAGUAUCCUCUUCAUCAGCCAUUACGUAUUUCUCCUAAUUUAUGUUCAUUCCUCUUUGUGUUCUUUAUGUGAUAUAUGGUGUGUUUGUGUUCUCGAAUUAUGGGAAAAUUUCUUCUCAUAAUACAGACGAAACCUGCCUCGUAUUUUUG